AUGGCCGCAUCCACCAUGUCCGUCUGCUCCAGUGACCUGAGCUAUGGCAGCCGAGUCUGCCUGCCUGGCUCCACUGAGUCUUGCACCAGCUCCUCCUGGGAGGUGGACGACUGCCCUGAGAGCUACUGUGAGCCCUCCUGCUGUGCCCCCAGCUGCUGCCACUGCUGUGCCCCAGCCCCUUGCCUGACUCUGGUCUGCACCCCUUGCCAAUCAGUCUGUGCCAGCUCCUGUGGGCCUUCCUGCUGUCAGCCUACGUGCUGCUCAUCCUGCCCCUGCUGUAGGCCUGUCUGCUGCAAGCCUGUGUGCUGUAGGCCUGUCUGCUGUAAGCCUGCAUGCUGCACACCUGUCUGCUGCAAGCCUGUCUGUUGCACACCUGUCUGCUGCAAGCCUGUCUGUUGCACACCUGUAUGCUGUAGGCCCCUCUGCUGUGGGGCCAGCCCCUGCUCAUCCUCCUCUUGCUGCCAGCCCUGUGGCCCCUCCUGCUGCAAACCCUCUUCCUGCAUGUCCCUCAUCUGCCAGCCUGUGUGCAAGCCCGCCUGCUGUGCCCCAGCCUCCUCCUCCAUGUCCCUGCUCUGCCGCCCUGCGUGUCCCCGCCCGGCCUGCUGUGGCACCUCAUGCUGCUGUUGA